CGGGGUCGUCGUGCGUGGGCCGUGAGGGCGCGAAGGAGGCGCUGGUGGCCGCGCGGGGCAGCCCUCUCGAUCAGUCUACGCGCCCGACGCGCCACGCGCGAGGGGCCGACGCGCACGUGGCCUGAUCGCCCGAAUUUACCGAGGAUGACAGCCGUAAGCCGUUACGCUCCUUGCUCCUGCCCCCACCUUCCCCUCACUCUCCACAAUGGCCAGCACGUUUGUCAACUGGUUGAAGUCCCCUGCCGCGCGGGAAUACUUCUUUAGCACGCACUUCUGGGGCCCUGUUGCCAACUGGGGGCUGCCUCUCGCCGCGCUCGCGGACCUUCGCAAGGAUGAGGAAGUCAUUUCGGGCACUAUGACCACUGCGCUCAUGACCUACUCCAUGGUCUUCAUGCGCUUUGCAUGGCGCGUGCAGCCACGGAAUUAUCUGCUCUUCGCCUGCCAUGCUACCAACGCUACUGCCCAGUCCAUCCAGGAAGCGCGCUUCGUGAAGUACUGGUAUGGGGGCGGUCGCGAGGAGAAGCUCGGAACAUCUGGCAAGAUAGCAGAUGCCGCGGAGGAGGCGAAGGGCAAGGUUACUCAGGCCGUUGAGGAAGUGAAGAACGCUGCGCAAAAGUGA